ACACCUCUACGUCAUCAGGGCGCGUCCUCGCCUUUCCCCUCCCAUCUCCUCAGAUCGGUGGACGUGCUCGCCUCCACUCGGGGCCAGGUCUAUGUCCCGGUUUCCCGCAGUCGCGGGCAGGGCGCCAAGGCGGCAGGAGGAGGGUGAGCGCUCAAGAGACCUCCAGGAAGAGCGGCCCCCGGCUGUUUGUAUCGCCGAUAGAGAAGAGAAAGGAUGCACGUCCCAGGAGGGAGGAACUACUCCAACUUUUCCUAUUCAGAAACAAAGAAAAAAGAUUAUUCAAGCUGUGAGGGACAAUUCAUUCCUUAUUGUUACUGGAAAUACAGGAAGUGGUAAAACAACUCAACUUCCAAAAUAUCUGUAUGAAGCAGGGUUUUCACAACAUGGUAUGAUUGGUGUAACUCAACCACGAAAAGUAGCUGCUAUAUCAGUUGCUCAGAGAGUAGCUGAAGAAAUGAAAUGCACUUUGGGAUCCAAAGUAGGAUACCAAGUUCGUUUUGAUGAUUGCAGCUCUAAGGAGACAGCAAUCAAAUAUAUGACUGAUGGAUGUUUACUGAAACAUAUUCUUGGAGAUCCAAAUCUUACCAAAUUCAGUGUCAUUAUUUUGGAUGAAGCCCAUGAAAGAACUCUAACUACAGAUAUCUUAUUUGGUUUAUUGAAGAAGCUAUUUCAGGAGAAGUCUCCUAAUAGGAAGGAGCAUUUAAAAGUGGUGGUAAUGUCAGCAACUAUGGAAUUAGCCAAGCUCUCUGCAUUCUUUGGAAAUUGUCCAAUAUUUGAUAUACCCGGAAGGCUUUAUCCAGUCAGAGAGAAAUUCUGCAAUUUGAUUGGUCCACGAGACAGAGAAAAUACUGCAUAUAUUCAAGCGAUUGUGAAAGUCACCAUGGAUAUCCAUUUGAAUGAAAUGGCUGGAGACAUCUUGGUUUUUCUGACUGGCCAGUUUGAAAUCGAAAAAAGUUGUGAGUUACUUUUUCAGAUGGCAGAGUCUGUUGAUUAUGAUUACGAUGUUCAAGAUACCACCCUCGAUGGCUUGUUAAUAUUGCCAUGUUAUGGAUCUAUGACAACAGAUCAACAGAGGAGAAUAUUUUUGCCACCUCCACCUGGAAUUAGAAAAUGUGUCAUAUCCACCAAUAUUUCUGCAACAUCUUUGACAAUAGAUGGAAUCAGAUAUGUGGUAGAUGGUGGCUUUGUGAAGCAGUUAAAUCACAACCCCAGAUUAGGGUUGGACAUCCUGGAGGUGGUUCCAAUUUCAAAGAGCGAGGCAUUACAGCGAAGUGGCCGAGCUGGCAGGACUUCUUCAGGAAAAUGCUUUCGGAUCUAUAGUAAAGAUUUUUGGAACCAGUGUAUGCCUGACCAUGUGAUCCCUGAAAUUAAGAGAACUAGUUUGACAUCUGUAGUUCUGACCUUAAAGUGCCUUGCCAUACACGAUGUCAUAAGGUUUCCCUAUUUGGAUCCACCUAAUGAGAGACUUAUUUUAGAAGCUCUUAAACAACUUUACCAGUGUGAUGCUAUUGACAGGAGUGGCCAUGUUCCACCCAGGAUUGGGUUUGCGUUUAUGAUCUACUACUUGGCCAAUAUUUCAGCCAAUGUUGUCUGGUGGAAGAACGUCUUCAUUAGACCUGUUGAUCCAGAGUACCAGAAGGAAGCAGAACAGAGACAUCGAGAAUUGGCAACUAAAGCUGGAGGAUUUAAUGACUUUGCAACUUUAGCUGUCAUCUUUGAACAAUGCAAAUCAAGUGGAGCUCCAGCUUCAUGGUGCCAAAAACACUGGAUUCAUUGGAGGUGCUUAUUUUCUGCAUUUCGUGUGGAAGCUCAACUUCGAGAACUAAUCAGGAAGCUUAAACAGCAAAGUGAUUUCCCAAGAGAGACCUUUGAAGGCCCUAAACAUGAAGUACUACGAAGGUGUCUUUGUGCAGGCUAUUUCAAAAAUGUAGCUCGAAGAUCUGUUGGGAGAACAUUUUGCACAAUGGAUGGGCGUGGAAGCCCAGUUCACAUUCAUCCUUCCUCAGCACUUCAUGAACAGGAAACCAAACUUGAAUGGAUCAUUUUUCAUGAGGUAUUGGUUACCACCAAAGUCUACGCAAGAAUUGUAUGCCCAAUCCGUUAUGAAUGGGUAAGAGACUUGUUACCCAAGUUGCAUGAGUUUAACGCACAUGAUUUGAGCAGUGUGGCCCGACGUGAAGUGAGAGAAGAUGCAAGAAGGAGAUGGACAAAUAAGGAAAAUGUAAAGCAGCUAAAGGAUGGAAUAUCAAAAGACGUCUUAAAGAAAAUGCAAAGAAGAAAUGAUGACAAAUCCAUAUCUGAUGCACGGGCUCGUUUCCUUGAGAGAAAGCAGCAGAGGACCCAGGACCACAGUGACACACGGAAGGAAACAGGCUAAAGUGGUGAAUCCUCCAAUUCAGGAAGUAGGAAAAGCAGCCAGGAAAUGUGCUUCUACUUUGCCAGUUAUUUCAGACAGCACUACCAAGAGGAAGUGGUCAGCACUUGUUAUUGGCCUAUGAACUAAAGCAAAUCAAAGCUCAUAAAUCAAAGCUCAUCAGUUCCCAUAAAUGCAAUUGUCAAAGAAAAGAUUGGGUUGCCAUAGUCAUAAGCAAUGAUACAUGAAACCAAUGAAAGACAGUACAUGUAAUAUUUUCCUCAGUACAGUUUUGCUGGCCUUAACUGGUAUCAAACGCUGUCAUUGAGAUGUUUUCAAAGAACAUUGAGUUGUAUUUAAUCAGCGUGUACUCCAUUUGCAUUGAAGCAUUAAAAAUUAUUUUCCUUAAAAUCUCUUUAAGGCCUUCUUGUUGCUGUUAGAAUAGUGCUAUAUAUCAGGUAUGUGACCAUUUCUUUCAGAAGGCUGAACAUAAGAGGUUUCUACUCAGCAAUACUUAGAUGUCUAACCAUUUAAUUGCUACAGAGCUUUAUAGAUACUUAGAGAAAAGACUUAAUCAGUUAGUAAAUAAAAUUGCCUAUGGCAGGAUUCUUUCUUGAAUUAAUGUUAAUCCUUAAAUUGAUUUUUCUGGGAUUAUACAAAUUCCUUUUUAUAUCAAAGUAUAUUGUUUAAAACAGUAGCUAUAGCCAUUAACCAAAGGACAGAUGAUAUAUAUAUAUAUAUACACAUAUAAGUUCUUUUUUAGCUGUACCUACGUACUUAUAUCAGCACCAUGUAUGUAGGUGUGAUAGUACUUUCAAGCAGCCCCUCCACCUGGCCUACUCUGUUAUUUCCACCUGCUUGGGAAGGGCCAUUUAACUUCCAUUAUGCCAAACUUGGGAUGGGAUUUUCAAAGCAGGCAACACUAUUUCAUCAUGUUUCAAAUUGGAACCUUGAGGCUAGUUAGUAUCACACUCAGGCCACACUCAGCACUUGCCGACUCUUGUUUACUGCCUUGUAUUCUAGUUAUUUGUGUAUUUGUCUCCCUCACUAGAUUAUACGCUCCUCGUGGGCAGGGACUGUCUAUUUUCAUCUUUGUAUCUUUCAUGCACCUAGCAUAGUGCUUUGCACAUAGUAGUCACUCAAUGUUUGUUAAAUAAAGCUAUUAGUGUCAUUAAAAUUCAAAAGACAGUA